GGGCUCAGCUGUGGGAGUUUUCGGCUGGCGUGCGGUGGGGAAUUAGCCGAGGAGCCCUAACUUGUAUAAAAGCAGAGUCCAUUUAAAGUUGGGCUGGAUAGUCCGCCUCUCAUUGGUUAGGGGGCUUGGAAAAAAGAGACUCGGCGAGCCCUCCGCUGUGGUGCCGCCGCCGCCGCCGCCGCCGCCGGAGUUGACUCUUCUGCUCGUACUGGUGCUGCGGCACAAACGUGACUUCCAACAUUUAAAAUUUAUCGUUUUCCUUUCCAAGAUGUAACUACAGAUCAGACACUAAGGACCUUCACGUUUCGCUGAUGUAGUUUUUGGAAGAAAAAGGGGGGGGAGUGAAGGGCGUCGGUUUUUUUUUUUUUCUUUUUCUUUUUUUUUUUGUGCCUCUGUGUUGUAUGUUUCGGGGGAAAUUUUCCAUUAUGAGUGUUUUACUAAAGUGAAUUUUUCCUGUUUGCUUCGAUCGUCUUUGGCUCUUUUUUGUUUUUAUUUUUUAAUUUUAUCCUUCUCAAUUUCGGAUUUAUUUGAAGGCGAAUCUGGCUUUGGGGGAAGAGGAAGAAAAGUCGGAUUACAAGAUCAACCACCACCACCAACAAUAAAAACCAUCAGGAUAUUUUUUUGCAAAUUUCUGACGGCUUUAAAUUCAUGAAGCAAUUGUCCCCUUUUGCAAUCAGCAUUUGGAUCUCAGAAUGAGCAAGGAAAGACCCAAGAGGAAUAUCAUUCAGAAGAAAUACGAUGACAGCGAUGGUAUCCCAUGGUCAGAAGAAAGAGUGGUACGGAAAGUCCUUUAUUUGUCUCUGAAGGAAUUUAAGAAUGCACAAAAAAGGCAGCAUGGAGAAGGCAUUGCAGGGAGCCUGAAAACAGUAAAUGGGCUCCUUGGUAAUGACCAGUCUAAGGCUUUAGGACCAGCCUCAGAGCAGUCAGAGAAUGAGAAGGACGAUGCAUCCCAAGUGUCCUCUACUAGCAACGAUGUUAGUUCUUCAGAUUUUGAAGAAGGGCCGUCGAGGAAAAGGCCCAGGCUGCAAGCACAAAGGAAGUUUGCUCAAUCUCAGCCGAAUAGUCCCAGCACAACUCCAGUGAAGAUAGUGGAGCCUUUGCUACCCCCGCCAGCUACUCAAAUUUCUGACCUCUCUAAAAGGAAGCCUAAGACAGAAGACUUUCUUACCUUUCUCUGCCUUCGAGGUUCUCCUGCGCUGCCCAGCAGUAUGGUAUAUUUUGGAAGCUCUCAGGAUGAGGAGGAUGUCGAAGAGGAAGAUGAUGAGACAGAAGAUGUCAAAACAGCUACCAACAAUGCUUCAUCGUCAUGCCAGUCAACCCCAAGGAAAGGAAAAACCCAUAAGCAUGUACACAACGGCCAUGUUUUCAAUGGCUCCAAUAGGUCAACACGGGAGAAAGAACCUGCUCAAAAACACAAAAGCAAAGAGGCCACUCCCGGGAAGGAGAAGCACAGCGACCACAGGGCAGACAGCCGAAGGGAGCAGGCUUCAGCGGCUCAGCCCACAGCUGCCCCCUCUGCGGGCUCCUCUACCAAGGGGCUUGCUGCCAACCACCAACCUCCCCCUCUGCAUCGGUCGGCUCAGGACUUACGGAAACAGGUGUCUAAGGUAAAUGGAGUCACUCGAAUGUCAUCUCUGGGUGCAGGUACAACCAGUGCCAAAAAGAUCCGAGAAGUCAGACCUUCACCAUCCAAAACUGUGAAGUACACUGCCACAGUGACCAAGGGGACUGUCACAUACACCAAAGCCAAGAGAGAACUGGUCAAGGAAACCAAACCCAACCAACACAAACCCAGUUCAGCUGUCAACCACACAAUCUCAGGGAAAACUGAAAGUAGCAAUGCAAAAACCCGCAAACAGGUGCUAUCCCUUGGGGGGGCGUCCAAGUCCACCGGGCCUGCUGCCAGUGGCAUCAAGUCCAGCAGCAGGUUGAACCCAAAGUCAUGCACUAAGGAGGUGGGGGGGCGGCAGCUGAGGGAGGGGCUUCGUAAUUCCAAGAGGAGACUGGAAGAGGCACAGCAGGUGGACAAGCUGCAGUCACCCCCCAAGAAGAUGAAGGGGGCGGCAGGCGCUGCUGAAGCCCCUGGCAAAAAGGCUUCUGCAGAGAAAUCUCUGCUGAAUGGACAUGUGAAGAAGGAAGUGCCCGAGCGAAGUUUGGAAAGGAAUCGGCCGAAGCGGGCCACAGCUGGCAAGAACACGCCGGGCAAACAAGCACAUGGCAAGACAGAGGGCACCCCCUGUGAAAAUCGUUCUACCUCGCAACCCGAGUCCUCGCACAAGCCGCAUGAGCCGCAGGGCAAGCCGGAGAAGGGGGGUGGCAGGUCUGGGUGGGCAGCGAUGGACGAGAUCCCUGUCCUCAGGCCCUCCGCCAGGGAGUUCCACGACCCGCUGGUGUACAUCGAGUCUGUGCGCGCUCAGGUGGAGAAGUGUGGGAUGUGUCGCGUGAUCCCCCCUGCGGACUGGCGGCCAGAGUGCAAGCUCAACGAUGAGAUGCGCUUCGUCACGCAGAUCCAGCACGUCCAUAAGCUGGGCCGGCGCUGGGGCCCCAACGUGCAGCGGCUAGCCUGCAUAAAGAAGCACCUCAGAUCUCAGGGCAUCACCAUGGACGAACUCCCCCUCAUAGGCUGUGAGCUCGACCUGGCCUGCUUUUUCCGGCUGAUAAAUGAGAUGGGUGGCAUGCAGCAAGUGACUGACCUCAAAAAGUGGAACAAACUAGCAGACAUGCUGCGUAUUCCCAAAACUGCCCAGGACCGGCUGGCCAAGCUACAGGAGGCCUACUGCCAGUACCUCCUCUCCUAUGACUCCUUGUCCCCUGAGGAGCACCGACGGCUAGAGAAGGAGGUGCUGAUGGAGAAGGAGAUCCUAGAGAAGCGCAAAGGGCCAUUAGAGGGGCACACAGAGAACGACCACCACAAGUUCCACUCCCUGCCCCGCUUUGAGCCCAAAAAUGGGCUCAUCCAUGGCGUUACACCUAGGAAUGGCUUUCGUAGCAAGCUCAAGGAGGUGGGCCGGGCCCCACUUAAGACAGGCCGGCGGCGAUUGUUCGCUCAGGAAAAGGAAGUGGUCAAAGAGGAGGAAGAGGACAAAGGUGUCCUCAAUGACUUCCACAAGUGCAUCUAUAAGGGAAGAUCUGUUUCUCUAACAACUUUUUAUCGAACAGCAAGAAACAUCAUGAACAUGUGCUUCAGCAAGGAGCCCGCACCAGCAGAGAUCGAGCAAGAGUACUGGCGGUUAGUGGAAGAGAAGGACUGUCAUGUGGCAGUUCACUGUGGAAAGGUGGACACUAAUACCCAUGGCAGCGGGUUCCCGGUGGGAAAAUCAGAACCCUUUUCAAGGCAUGGAUGGAACCUCACCGUCCUCCCCAAUAACACAGGGUCCAUCCUGCGUCACCUUGGUGCUGUGCCUGGAGUGACUAUUCCCUGGCUAAAUAUUGGCAUGGUCUUUUCUACCUCAUGCUGGUCUCGAGACCAAAAUCACCUUCCAUAUAUUGACUACUUACACACUGGUGCUGACUGCAUUUGGUAUUGCAUUCCUGCUGAGGAGGAGAACAAGCUGGAGGGGGUGGUCCACACCCUACUGCAGGCCAAUGGCACUCCAGGGCUGCAGAUGCUGGAGAGCAAUGUCAUGAUCUCCCCAGAGGUGCUGUGCAAGGAGGGGAUCAAGGUCCACAGGACUGUGCAGCAGAGUGGGCAGUUUGUUGUCUGCUUUCCGGGGUCCUUUGUGUCCAAAGUAUGCUGUGGCUACAACGUCUCAGAAACAGUGCACUUUGCUACCACCCAGUGGACAAGUAUGGGCUUCGAGACUGCCAAGGAGAUGAAGCGCCGCCAUAUAGCUAAGCCAUUCUCCAUGGAGAAGUUGCUCUACCAGAUUGCACAAGCCGAAGCAAAAAAGGAAAAUGGUCCCACCCUCAGUACCAUCUCAGCCCUUUUGGACGAGCUCAGGGAUACAGAGCUGCGGCAGCGCAGGCAGUUGUUUGAGGCUGGCCUUCACUCUUCAGCACGAUAUGGCAGCCAUGAUGGCAACAGUACAGUGGCGGAUGGGAAGAAAAAGCCUCGAAAAUGGCUGCAGCUAGAAACGUCAGAGAGGAGGUGCCAGAUCUGCCAGCAUCUGUGCUACCUCUCUAUGGUAGUACAGGAGAAUGAGAAUGUCGUGUUCUGCCUGGAAUGUGCGCUGCGCCAUGUGGAGAAACAGAAGUCUUGCCGUGGGCUGAAACUGAUGUACCGCUAUGACGAGGAGCAGAUCAUCAGUUUGGUCAACCAGAUAUGUGGCAAAGUGUCUGGCAAACAUGGCAGCAUUGAGAACUGUCUCAACAAACCCACACCAAAAAGAGGCCCCCGCAAGAGAGCGACCGUGGACGUGCCGCCAUCUCGGCUGCCACCCUCAUGAAGAUGUCGAACCCAUGGUCACUUAUAUAUUUUUUGUAAUUAUUAUAUUCUAGUUUGGAGUACUUGCUGUAGGAUACAAGCUGUCUUUGCACUAGCUCUAAAGAAGAAUUUCUUCUGGUUUUAGAGAACUGAUUUUGUUUUAGCAUUAAACUGUUCAAGUUUUUGUACGUAGAUAAUCUAGAUACUGCAGUCAGGUUUGGAAGCUGCCGUACACUCACUGUCUAAAAAACCCUUGAGGGGGCUGUAUUAAUUUGUAUCGCCCCAUGGCUGACAAAAGCCUGUUUUUUUGGUUUUUUUUUUUUGUUGUUGUUGUUGUUGUUUUUUGUUUUGUUUUAUUUGGUAAUUGUUGGGGAAUAAAGGCUUUUUAACCCGUUUUUGAAAAGGGUGAAGUUUGGAGAACAAAUUUUAAAACCAUCCGUCACAUGAGCAGAUUUUUCUAGAUUGGAAAAGUGAUAGAAGACACACACACAUAUACAGAAAAAAGAAACUUGAAAUGGCUUUCCUUUGGCUGUCUUUUCUUGUCAUGUGCAAGGGGAAUCUGUAGCUUCUGGAACCGGAGAGCCCCGUUUGUUGGCUGGGCGGUUAUGGCAGCUGAAGGCAAAUGUGAGGCUUGCGUGACUAGGCUCUCAUACCAGCACAUCACUAUGCAUCCGUUCGAGGAAGAGGAGGAAGACAAAGACUGCCUGCCUUGGAGGGCCACUGAGGGAGACCUGUGCCUGAUUUCACUAGGAAAUCCAUUCUGUUAUUUUUUUGGUGCUGUUGGCUACUUUAUGAAAAAAAAAAAAAAAAACAAAAACAAAAAAAAAACACAAAAAAAACCCUUCAAUAGCAUCCUUGAGGAAAACAGGAAACAGUAGUUGACUGUAAGUGCUUCCCUGUCGUCCACGUGCAAUCUCCUGACAUUCCACCUCCGUCUCUCUGCUUGUUCACUCACACAUCAGCAUUAAUCUUUGUUUCAAACACACUUAGAGCCACUAAGUCUGCGGUUCUUUUUGAAUGUGAAAAUACAUCUGUGCUCAUCUUGUCUAUUUUUUCUCUUCAUGUUUUAACAAAAAAGAAAAAAAAAAGAAAAAAAAAGAAUCCCAUCCCUUUUGUACAUACUCCUGUAAAUUGUUUUAAAUACUUGAGCCUUUUCUUGGUGGGGGAGGGGAGGGGUAAGAAAGAUGAAGAAAAGCCUUACAUUUCAGUUUCUUCAUCGGCUGGAUUGGAUGCUUACAGGGUUUUUCUUGUAACAUUUAUAAGUGCUGCUUACAUCACUCAAAACAACAAAACAUGGUAAUGGAGUAGCUGUUGCCCUUCUCCGGUUGUGUGUACAGUAUGUGUGGAAUAAAAAAGGGAAACUGUUUUCACAAGCUGUUCUUUGUUUCAUAAUUGGAUCAGUCCGUAGCUACCCAUAUUGCACUGAGCUUGCCAGUGGUGACUGCCAGGAACGUCCUAGGAUCCACUUUGGUGGUUGUUGUUGCAGAAGACUGAACUGUUUUGGAAUAUUUAACGAUUACAUAACAGUCGAGUGUUUUCCAAUGUGGUUGUCCAGUUUUUAUGGCCUUGCUGUGUACUUUUCCCUCUCUUUUGACAGUAGACUUUCGCCUAUGGCCUACAGUUUGACAUUUAAUUUAUUAGCGCUGCUCUGCACCUCUCCCUCAGGGAGGGCUCCGUGUGGUCUAUUGCCAGUUCUUUGUUUACUUUUCAGGUUUGUACUACAAGGUUUAAUAAUAAAAACAAGUUUUUUGGA